GAAUAGCAUGCCUACUGACAGCGAGUUCAAAAUUUAUGGUGAUUUCGUCCUUUAAGUUUAGCAACAAAUAGUCGUAUAUCAUAACAAUCUCUGUCAUUAAAUCCGAACGGUGCACUGUUGUUUUGAAACAAUGUCGGAAGAGCAACGACAAAAAGAAUCCGAAGUGGUACAAGAAUUCAAGCUAGAACAAGAUAAUGAACUUCGUUUCGAAGUGGAAAGCAAGGAGAAAGCCACACUGGAACUGAAAUCUGGAUUGGCGGAAGUAUUUGGAACAGAAAUUGUUAAGGGAAAAGUGUACACUUUCAGUGGUGGCUCAAAAAUUGCUGUAUUCACUUGGCAAGGUUGUCUUUUAGAAUUAAGAGGAAAAACAGAAGCAGCAUAUGUUGCCAGAGAAACUCCUAUGAUCAUUUAUCUUAAUACUCAUGCUGGCCUGGAACAGAUUCGCAAAAAGGCUGAUUUAGAUGAAACCAAAAGAGGACCGAUUGCAAUGGUUGUUGGUCCAACAGAUGUUGGAAAAUCAACUGUUUGUAAAUUGCUGCUAAACUAUGCUGUAAGAAUGGGUAGAAGGCCAAUAUAUGUUGAUUUAGAUGUUGGCCAGGGCCAACUUUCAAUUCCUGGUACUAUUGGUGCUAUGGCAAUUGAGCGUCCUGCAGAUGUUGAAGAAGGAUUUUCUCAGGUCUGCCCACUGAUCUACCACUAUGGCUACAAAGAACCUGGAAGUAAUGUUAUGCUGUACAAUCUACUUGUCACAAAGUUAGCCCAAACAGUUGCAGAAAGAAUGGAAGCGAAUAGACAGAAUGCUGUGAGUGGAGUAAUUAUCAAUACCUGUGGUUGGGUAAAAGGACAAGGGUACCAAAUGCUGAUCCAUGCCGCCAAAGCAUUUGAAGUUGAUUUAAUAAUUGUACUUGACCAAGAAAGGCUUUACAAUGAGCUGGUGCGUGAUUUGCCGGAGAGUGUGAAGGUUGUAUUCCAACCUAAGAGUGGUGGGGUCGUUGAAAGAAGUCGGCAAGCUAGAAUAGAGGCCCGAGAUCAGAGAAUUCGUGAAUAUUUCUAUGGUUCAGCAGCCCAGUUUUACCCACAUUCGUUUGAAGUCAGAUUUUCCGAUGUAAAAAUAUUUAAAAUUGGGGCUCCAGCCUUGCCAGAUUCCUUAAUGCCUCUAGGAAUGAAAGCAGAAGAUCAACUUACAAAACUGGUCACGGUGCAACCAAGUUUACAAUUGCUGCACCAUUUGAUCUCAAUUAGUAUGGCUGAAUCUGGCGAUGAAGAUAUCAUACAGACCAAUGUGACUGGAUUCAUUUGUGUGAACAACGUCGACCUGGAACGGCAGAUGCUCACAGUUUUGUCACCUCAGCCCCGACCAUUACCUCGAACCCGACUGCUCAUAUCUGACAUCCAAUAUAUGGACUCCCACUAACCUUUGUAAAUUUAGCGAAAUAUAAAUAUGAGACUUUAUUA